AUGGCCUCCAACCCGGACGUACCUCGAACCACAGCAAUCACCGCUCUCGCUGACGGAGGCGGAGGAGGCGUGCUCGCCGCCCAGGCUGCCAAAUAA